UUCUCGUGUGCAUCAUUUGUGCUUUGAAAGCGUGAUCAUUAUUAGCGUGUUUUUCUGAGCCGAGAAGAAGGCUAGGCAGUUUCUUAAACUCUUAGAGAACCCUUCUUUUGAGAAAGAAUGGGAGAUAAUGUCGUUGAUCCGUUUGAGGAUGUCGAUUCCGAGGAGGAACUUGAAAAACCGCCGACACCUGAGAUCCAUCAUGGGGGUGAUUCUCCCGAAGCUCCUGCAGCAUUUAGCGAUAUUUCUGACAACGAACGGGAAGAAGCGAGAGAAGACGAAGCCGUGAUGAAGCCGCAUGAAGAAGCUAGCGAAAAAGCAAGUGAAAAUGAUGAAAAUACUUCUAGCGCACAAGAAGAAAGCAAAAUUGAGAGCAGUAAAGUGGAAGUAACACAGCAAGAAGGUAGUCCACUUUAUGACCAAGAAAUUUCUCCUGUUUCGUCAACAGCUGAACGGGAGGAAGAGGACGUAGAUGCGUCUUUAAAAGGAGAUAAGGACGUUCCCAUGAACGAAGGAGAACGUUCGGAAAUCAUCGAAAGAAAUUCCACAGAGUUAACGCGAAGUAAACAAGAAUCUUCAUUAGAUAGUGCGGAAGGGAAUGAUGAAGCUUCACGUGAAACAGCUAUUGCUAGCGAAGCAACUGAAGAAAAACGCGAAGAACAAACUUCUGGAAACACAGCUGAGAGACGCCGUAGAAUUUCUUCAAGUGCAGGGACCGAUGAUGAUUUAGAUAUGCCUAUUUCUCCUCUUGGACUCGGACUUUCAGGGACAGAAUCAGAAAUUGUUGAUGAUAUUCUUAAGAGUGACGUUUCUAAACUUCUUCCAGACGUUAAAGAAGAUCCCAGAGAAGAGUCAACAGGUAUAAUGUGUGAUCAUUACCCCACCAUCUCUCACAAUUUAGCAGCCAUAGUGGCACUAUGGUUGCUCAACUGAGGGAGGCAAAUAACUUUUUUGUCUAUGGUGACUGUGGUUGACGAGAGGGACACGAAAGUUUGGCUAAUUCAAGUGAUUUCAAAAAAUGUGUGCUUUUAAGCCAUUAAGUCCCAAUAUCAACAUGCAUAUUCUCAACACUGUUCAUCACACAUUUCUUAUGGUUCUGCUUGAGAGGAUAUUGUUAGAAGGCUUUAGAUUCGAGGACGAAUUUUCUUGCCUAUCCUCUAAAUAUAGACACCCCAGAAAGCUUUAUUGUAUUUUUUUUCACCACAAGAGUUAUUUCCAUUGAAGGAGGUAAAGCCCUCACCCGAUUGCUAAAGGAUAAAAUUCCUAACAUUUGAUAACUUGCUUUCACCACUACUACAUUCUUGCUAAAACUCGUAGUAGAAUGACAAUGGCCAUCACAUUUUCCCACCAAACUGAUGUUGGUUUGAGUCAGUGCACUACUUAGUAUUGGGAAAAUCUCAUUCCUGUAGUUGUCCUUGUCUUAGAAUCUAAAGCUCUCUAUUAUUGUUUAAACAUUAAGAUACUUCAUCUUUAGUGAUUAUUUCACUCAUUUUAAUGACCUGUAUGUUUGAUCAGCCAGUAUUUUGUUGUUUGAGGAGAAAUAAUUAGAUGCUGGUUACUACUGGGACUUCAAGGGUUGCAUUUCACAGGGGUUUCAUUGCAGUAGCAGGAGAAUAGAAAAGAAUGUAAUAAUGUGCCCAGGGUUGUCAAAAGUAGCGGGCUGCUGGCGAAAAUCGCCGCCUACUUGGUUAGUAUUUGCCGGCUAUUCUGCGUGGCAUUUCUUUACAGAUGACGUUAUUUAAAUAAAAUAUCCCUGGACUGGCCACUUACUUUGAUAACUCAGCCGUCUACUUCAGUACUUUCUGACAACCCUGUGUGCUGUUUUAGAAGUCAUCAUUAAAUUAGAAAUUAAAAUCUCAAAAUUUGCAUUUGCUUCAUAGUAAUUUGAUACUCUAUCAUUUAUAUAUGGUAAACAUCACCAAAUUUUUGUGGCAAGAAGGGUGUUGCAGCUUUGGUGGAAAACACCCUCCAUGAUCUGCAUAUUCUUCAUACAAGAAUAAUUCAUACUUGUUUAUACAAAAGCCUAACUCAGUGAUGAUUAUUGUGUUCUUCAUUCAACCAAAAUAUCACUUUUUAGGUAAAAGAGAUGAUGAAGAAGAAACCAAAGAAGACAAAGAAUCAACUGAGGCUGAACCAACAGUACAGGAUGAAGAAGGGUAGGCAUUAUCAGUCAUCACCAUUGUCAUUCUUAUCAUUCCACAGGGUUUUUAACAAUACUUAAAAGUGUUAAUGAUAUAUGAAAAUAAAUCAUAUAUGAACUGCAGAAAUGAAAUGAAAAUGAAGUCAGUGGCUUCAUAGCUCAGUUGGUAGAGCAUCACACCGGUAAAUUGUGUGGUCACGGGUUCAAACCCUGUUGAAAUUUUUUUCAGGCUUCUUUACGCAAUUAUGAAAUUGCAUUCACUGCGGCGAUCAUUUCUUCAUUUUCAAUACUUCAAAGUACCCAGCAAAUCCUCUAGGGUAACACACAUAUCAUAAUUAUUAUUUCUUUAACGCCAUCAGCUGUGACAUAAGCAGCAAAGGUCUAUAGUCCUUAUUCUCUUCUUUACCAUCUUGUUUCUUUUAUUUAUGUCUUCUAAAGGCUGGUUUAGAUGGUACAAUUUUUGCUAACGACUAUCGUGCAUGACUAGUAUAUCUCAUGACUUCACGUCAGAUCAUGUCCUGUAAAUUAGACCCAUGAGAUCCGUACUUAAGGCACAUGUAGAUGUCAUAAGUGAAAAUUGUGCGUGUUUGCACGAUAGUUGUAAGCAUAAGUCGUACUGUCUAAAUCAGCCUUCACAUUUUGGCCAUCACAGAAAAUAGUAGGAAAGGCUUAAAAUCUGAAUCUAUGAUAUCCAGGGUGCCCAAUGGACAAAAGUAAGUUGCUAGGAGCCAUUGGGCACUUUAAGAGCACAGCCUUGAAGUCCACAUGUCUACGAGGUCUUGGCAAGGAAAGUGUAAUACUAUGAUCACACCUUACAGUGUAAUUAAUUAAUCAUUAAUCGUCAUUUAGGUUUGAGUCCGAUGAAGAAGCUGGUGAUCAACUGAUUGCUGAUAUUUUUGGUGCCAGUGAUGAGGAAGAAGAGUUUGUGGUAAGAUGAUAAACUGUUUUAUUAGCUGCUCUUUCCACUGUUAAUUAAAGUUAUUGCCCUAAAUGUUUUUAAAUAGACCAUGCAAGUUUAUUUUUAGAUGUGAGAAACUUUUUCCAAAACAUGGUCAGGAGCAAUUCAGUACAUCAUCUCUUGUUGAGACUAUUACUAGUGGGUGACCAUGGCCAGUUCCUAGAGAGAUGUUUGGUGUAAAUACUGUGUAUAUGUAAAAGACAUAAAAAUGACAGAAGAACUGCAGGGACCAGCUUUAUAAUUAGGUACAUGACAUCUGUUAAAGGGAGGUGUCCACAAGGUUUUUAAAACAACUGGUAGCUGACAGAUAUCACCAUCUACAUGCAUGUGUUUGUGUCUUUUGUCAGCCACCCAGCUGCUGGGCUGCUCCUGAGAUUCUAAAAGUAAAAGAUAGCAAAAUCAGUCACUCACUUCAACAAUAACACAGCAAACUUCAAAACUGUUUUGUCAAUGCUGUGUUCAAUCACAUCUUAUAAAGGCCUGUGUUCUUUCCCAAAUUGACAACAUGACAACAACGUGAAUACAUCGUCAAGAGAAAAGUAUAUGAGAAAUGAUGACAAAAGAGAAAAUUUGUUGAUCUUUUAUUACGUUGUAAAUUCUCUCAGUUUAUUUUAUUAAGGAAAUGUACAGUAAUUUUGUUACAAAUAGUUAUGGUGAGUCCCGGGACUCAUCUUGUGAAAAAUCAUGAGUCCCAGUCCAGAACCAAUGAGUCCCAGUUAAAAAAAAAAAAAAUGUAACCCAGGGCGCCAUGGUGGAAGAAAAAGUCCUUUAUGUUUUUAACAAAUUCGGGAAGAAUCAGUUAAUUUCUGGGAGUUUUCGGGCAAACUUCACCAAUAAGAUUUUUUUCAAAAAUUUCUUUUGCUUUAAGACCAGCAUGUUUAACGUUUUUCUAACAGAGGUCAUCAUUUGCUGAAAUUAAAAUAUAGUCCCAGUUUUUGCAACUUAAUCUAUUUACAUUUCAGUGACGAAGUUCCAAGAUAAAUUUGCAAGUUUACGGCAAGUAAAUAGCCCCUAUCGCUGAAAUAAGUUUCAGAUAUGUUGUAAAGACAUGUAUUUGAUAAGAUUUCUACCGAAUCUCACGAUAUUUUUCAUGUUUUUGUGAAUUUCGCGGCUCUGCGACCACACGAAAUAUCAGAAGCCCUGGUAACCAGACAGUUAAUCUGGAGGCAGAUCCCAAAACUCUUUAUUUCAGUCUACUGAAAUUAAGAUAUUGUAGUCCUUCUAUAAAACAAAUAUGCCUCUUUAAACAACAGCCACAGAAAUCACACGAACAGAAUAUUCUACGAAAAAAUCUUCAAAUCAAUCGUUCUUUGCCUCCUAAAGACCCGUGCCAUGAAUAUUAUUUUGCAUCUUUGUGGAUUUUUAUGCAUCAGGGAUGCAGAAUGCAGAGGUGACAAAAUCAGUGAAUGUAUGGAAAUUAGUGUGGAGAAUUGGUACAAGUGUAUGUGGUUUUAGGGGCUGAAAGGGUUAAGGGAGAGUCAACUGUAGUCCUUAGUGACUAGUGUGUUCUGCAUUUUAAUUUAGGGAUUUGGACAAGAAGAUAUUGAGGUGACAAAGAAAAAGAAAGGAGGUAAGAGAGUGUUUGGACUUGUGAACAUUGAAAUCCUGUCCAGCUAAUCAGAGUGCGUAAAAUGCCAUUCCAACUGUUUGGUGUAAAGUGGUAGCAGUGCCAGUCAGGCUGGACCAACUCAGCUCUCAAAGUUUACAGAGGAUAAACAUUGGUGGCUGAGACAUGUAGUUGGGGCUGCAUUAUGGUUCCAGAAAAUAUAAUGAGUUGGCUUUUCCAUUUUGCUUGAAGGGGGCUAUUGUGCUAAUAAUUAGCCUAGUACAAUACCAGCAGUACAAGAAUAUUAUUGUACUAGACCCCUGCAAAACAGAUUUGUUAUCAAAAGUUUGGUUGUACCA